CAGACAUCCUCCGCAGCUUUAGCAGGCGUAGACCGACGAAAGUGGGAAUUUCUGGCGACGCUGCACCUUCACAAAGGCCAGUCUUCUACACAAAUUGAUUUGCCUGUCGCAGCCGUAGUAGGAAGUCUCUGGAUAGAAUAUGGAGAAUUCCAUUCUUCCAUUAUGACCUCUGCUGCGUCCUUAUGUGGAGGAGAAGGAACAGAAAUGUCGGUAAGCGUUUCCUGUCCAAGCUGUGGGCGAGCCCUGGAUGCGCAUCGUUUCUGUCAGUCCUGUGGUGAGAUCGCAAGCUGCCGUUCCUGUCGACAUGUGAGCUACUCACAGGUAGAGUCAUUCUUAU